GUUUUAUUGAAAUAUAUGAUUUCUAAAAAUAAAAAAAAAGGGGGGAAAGUGAGUAAUUACUCAGACGGCAAUCCCUGUUAAUAACCCCAUCUCCAAUUCCAAAUCCAGGCCAAAUCGAGAAAUAGCCAAACCCUAACUCCCAAAUUCUCUGACGCUAUCAAUUCAUUACCACAAUGGUUUGCAUCAGGAAAGCAACGGUGGAUGACCUGCUGGCGAUGCAGGAAUGCAAUCUGUUCUGCCUACCGGAGAAUUACCAGAUGAAAUACUAUCUAUAUCACAUUCUCUCGUGGCCGCAGCUCCUCUACGUCGCCGAGGAUUACAACGGCAAGAUUGUCGGUUAUGUUCUGGCAAAGAUGGAGGAGGAAUCCACAGAGUGCCACGGCCACAUAACCUCACUCGCCGUCCUCAGGACUCACCGCAAGCUCGGCCUCGCCACUAAGCUCAUGACUGCCGCUCAGAACGCCAUGGAGCAGAAUGCUGGGGAAGAAUCAUCAUUAGGCAUCUCCUUUACUUUGCUAACCCAGGUGUAUAGAGCUGAAUAUGUGUCUCUGCACGUCAGGAAAAGCAACAAGGCUGCAUUUAACUUGUACACUGGGACUUUAGGGUACAAGAUUCAUGAUGUUGAGGCAAAGUAUUAUGCAGAUGGAGAGGAUGCUUAUGAUAUGAGGAAACAACUGAAUGGAAGGAAGCACCAUGGCCACCACCACCACCACCAUGGUGGCGCGUGUUGUUCUGCCGACCACAAAACAGAUGGAUCAGCCGAGUGAGAACAAUGGCUCAAAAAUUGUCUUUGUUUUGUUUAUUUAUUCCCUUUAUUCUCAUGGACUUGUCAGUGAACCUAAAAGAACAUGCAUGUCCAACAUAUUUUGCUUUGUCUCAAAUCCUUACUUUGACUUGAUUUGGAUAUUUUUGUGCCAUGUCAUCUUCCAGACAGAUAAAGAAAUGUUUCCGGUUUAACUCAGCUGCAUAUUCACUUUCUGAUUUUAUAAAGUGUGUACUGUUGCUACAAAUAAAUAGGUUGUUGAUUGUGCUUUCUGUGUCUAGAUGUUCAUUGUGUUUAUCAGAAAUAAGAUUUCGGCAUUCGUGCAGAGCUUUUGUUCCUCUCAUUUAUAAAUUUCGUUCACACCCUCAACUACUUCAAGGAGUUAAGCCGCCAUGUCUGAAAAUAGCUAGAGCUCAUUUUCCCA